AUGUCUCAAGAAUCUUCAUCAAAUACAAGUGCUAGCACAGAACCGUCUAAAGCAAGCGUUUCUGAUACAACAUCCAAAGGCAGUAAAGCUGCAAAUUUUAUGGAAAAACGAGAAAUGUACAGGAUAGUAGAAAACGAUAUUGAUUGUACCCCUGAUAAUAUAGUCGACCCUGAUUAUGUUACAAUGGAGGAAACAUUUUCACAUGCUGCCUUUGAAAGCAGACCGAGAGCCCGCAGCGAAGUUUUUAAAGAACCUAAAAGUAAAUCUAAAUCUGCCGCCGACAUGGGUAUGAAAGUUUACGCUACUACGAUCUCCCUUGACGACAUUCAUAUCGAUCACACGUCAAACACAGAAGAAGGAUUUACAUCCGAUCAACAAGAUUUAGAAAUAGCUCCAUCAGCUUUCUAUUUACCUAAAACAAAACCUAUCAUGUCGUAUCCCCCGGAAAUCUUAGUUGUGUUGAAGGAAACCGAAACAUGUUUUCUAUUCGAAAUGCAGAGUUAUUCAUAUGACAAAGGUACACCAGAGGGUAAUACAGUAGAAGAGGAAAAUGAAUUUUACCAAUAUAUAACGGUGGGAAAAGGAAAGAACCGAAAAAUGGUAACAGAAGAGACACAAACUAAGGAAUGCGUGUCGCAAUCUAGACACACAUUGGCCACAAGACCUCAGAAGAAAAAUGCAAUAGCAUUCGCAUCUUUGUGGGAUAUGCACGAUACUUAUGCCCGCCUUGCACGAAUAAGACCGGAAGAGAAGCCCGAUGAAAUGGUCAUGUAUCAAUCAGCUGCACCAACCCUUCUACGUAAAAAGAAAGUUAACUUAGAUGCUUUAGUCGAAAACAACGAGAAAUCGAUCGAACAAAUAUUAAAUACACCACAAUUUCUAGACGCUGUUCUUUUAACAGAACGAGUUCUGGCCACAUUAGAAUAUUCGGAUGCACAAAAAAAGUUUCGUGGUCUGAUUAGAUUGGAUCCACUUUCUCUCGAUUUAGUAUAUGUUUACACAAUGAAACCAUUAUGGACUCUCGAAUGCGAAGAGUCUCAAAAUAGACCAAUAUCAAGUAUUUCAUUCAAUUCUAAAAAUAACAAUAUUUUAGCAGUGGCGCACGGCAAAUUUACUUAUGCAGAACAUUACAACGGCUUAGUAUGUAUUUGGUGCACAAAAAAUCCUUGUAAGCCUGAAAGAAUAUAUAAUUUCCAAGAUCCUUUAACUUCAGUAGCAUUUUCAGAAAAAAAUCCUAACUGGUUAGCGUGUGGGUUUUCGAAUGGCGAUGUUUUAAUUUUAGACAUCACAUCUUAUUCCAUCAAGACAAUGGCUAAGAGUAAACGAGAUACUAAUCCUUGCUUUGAACCAAUAUGGACGACAAGUUGGCGUUCAAUCGAUAAGGACAAUCAAUACGUUAUAACGACUUGUCAAGAUGGUAGGAUUAACAAAUUCACCAGCACUAAAACCCACGAUUUUAUAUGUACACCAUUGAUGCGUAUAUCAACGGUCGAAGGUAAGAUGAAAGGAAUGGAGGCGCCGAGGCUGUGUAUCAAAGAGGACGUUCCAAUCACAAGAUAUCCAGCAGCAUUAUGCAUGAAGUGGCAUCCAAAAAUUGAACACAUCUAUCUAGUUGGUACUGACGAAGGCUGCAUCCAUAAAUGUUCAACGCACUAUUUAAAUCAACACAUGGACGUAUUCCGAGCUCACGCUGGGCCUGUUUAUAGUAUACAAUUCUCUCCUUUCAUGCGCACCCUGUUAGCGUCUUGUGGCGCUGACAGUGCGAUUAGACUUUGGAUAGAGGGGAUUGACGACGUUAUACUGACAAUGAUGUGCCCCGCAGCGGUUUAUGAUAUCGCAUUUUGUCCAGUCAAUUCUACUAUCCUAUUAUCCGCUAGUGGCAACGUUCUCUCCAUAUGGGAUCUUCGUAGAAAAACUCACAUGCCCUGUGCUGAAUACUCUUUUCCUGGUCAAAUUGUUUUAACGUACAUCAAAUUUUCUCCUUCCGGAGAUAAUGUGUUUGUUGGUGAUACACUGGGACGAGUGCAUACUUUCCACUUGGAAGACACGCCGAUACCACCGUUCUACCAGAAAAAGUUGUUAGACGAAACAAUUAAAAGAGCUAUCUGUACUCGUCCACAAUUGUUGCGACAGUUGGAAAAAUUGGAGAAGUUUCGUGAAAAAUUUGGUCAAUAA